AUGGAAAUAGUAAUUAAUAUUAACAAUCAGUCAAAUGGAAGGGACAAACUUGCCAGAUUAAUACAGUAUGCCAGUCGUCUUGUGUGGCAUCAAUUGGAGAGAAGAAAUGCCAAUAAAUAUUCUAUAGACAGAAUAAAGAGCUUGGAAAAUAAUUUGAGUUCAUUUCGGAAAGUUCUUAGGCUUGGAAGGUGUAUAGACAUUUGUUAUGCAGCAUUAAAUACACUACACAUAGAGGAUCCAUUCCUGAGAAUUUCCCUAACAAUAAGUAAAAUUGCACAUGCAUUAUUUCUGUAUGCUGACCAUAUAGUUUGGCUCACGAGAAGUGGGUUCUUGAAGAGUGACACUGACAAAUGGAAUCGGACAGCAAAUAAAUUCUGGUUAAUUUCAAUUAUUGCAAACUUAGCUAGAGAUUUCUAUGAAAUUUUACAAGUAUUAGAGCUAAGUAAGUCGAAAUUUCUGAAGCCAACAGAGCUAUUGGGAUCUUCUGUAAAGAGUUUUGAUUUUCAUAGCAGUAUGAAGCAUUUUUAUGCUCUUGUUAAUUGCCAUAAGGAUAUAUUUAUUGAUACUGCUAAAAAUUCAUGUGAUAUCUUUAUCCCUUUAACUGCAUUAGGAGUUACAAAAUUGAGUCCAAGUGCUGUUGGUACCCUUGGUUCACUGUCAUCACUUGCAGCUCUUAUGACCAUAAUAAAACCGAUAACAAAAUUACUUCCAGCUUAG